AUGUCUGACUUGGACGAACUUGGCCCGUCUCUGCAAUCCCUCCACAUCUCAGAACACAAAAUCAAUCGUAUUGUUGGCAACGUGUUUGCAUGCGGUAAUAGUUACGUUGUCGAGCGACUUCCUGAUGUGCAUGACGACUUUUUCACUGUAUUAGAAGGGGAUGGAGUUCCGCUGGUGGCCAAAGACGCUUCAUUGGAUAGAUUUGCCCGCCUCGUCGAUCAAGGAUACCCAGUCCUAUUUCGAAGACCACCCACUUGGGGUCUGGACUUUUUCAUCUCGAUGGUGGCUGCUCGACUGGACUUGAAGUAUAAGGAACUUGAUCCCUUUGCACCGUUCCGAGCAGCGACUCCCCCCAGCAAGUGGUCGCGACACAACCUCCAUCGCUAUCAUAUCCUUCAUCUCGAUCUCGGCAGCAUGAACAAUCCCACCAAUCUAAUACCAGACCUCGAAGCAUACUUCCACCAGCAGUGCAUGGCAUUGAUUGCCCAAUAUCAACUAAACAUGCAUUUUCCACCCCCAAAAUGUGUUCGUUGUGGGAUCCCUUACAUGACGAUUACUUGUUUCGCUAUGUAUCUGCGCGAUCACAGAAUCAUGGCACCGCUCCUCGUCAUCAUCAGCAACUUCGAUGCACCGAUCUGGUCUUUGGGCAACUGCGGACCCAUUCUUGACUCCCUUUUCAAUGGCCUUGAAUCAGCGACAGAGAGGGAAGUAAUUGGGGGCCUCUUGCUCUUCUCAGAUUUCAACGAUGGCACUUUGUUCCCCUGCCUCAAGCGUCGUCCUGAUGAACCUUUCCCCGAUUCUCCCAAACGGCAUCUUGUUAACCUGAAGUGUACAUUGGAUGUCACCUACCAUCCGGCUUUCCAAACCGCUGUCGGGUUUUCUCGUCAAGAUAUUGCCGAUCUUGACGAGGCGUUCAAGUCAAAGGGAAAGCUUCGUCUACAGACUCUGCUGCAGGCUGUUGACGCUAAGACUUUGCCGGCGAAUUUCAAUGGUCCGUGGGACACCAAUAAUAGCUCUUUGCUAGAACUUGCUAUGGAGUCAGAUACUAUGGAUGUGGCAAUGUACCCUACCCGUCUCGUUUUCAACCUUGUCGCCAACUAUAUUCUCUGA